UUACCUGUCAGUCUAUAUUUAUACAGCUGAGUUAGCACAUGAUCAGUAACAAGCAGGAUUUAUCACUAUUUAAAAGGCUCAGGCCUCACUUUCAAACUUAACAUCUAUCAAUUUGUGUAGGAUAUUCUGAGAUCCACUGCAAAGUGUUGCAUUACUUGUUUGAAAAGAUGCAGUUCGAGAACGUGCUGGCAGAGUUAGACGGCUUUGGGAAAUUCCAGUUAUGGAUGAUCCUGUUGAUGGUGAUUCCUCGUGUGACUUUACCUUUUCACUUUCUGAUGAAUAACUUCAUCGCGGCUGUUCCCUCUCACCACUGCGAUGUCAGCACUCUGGACGAUGGAGAUAUUUUCAGGAAUUUGUCGCAGGCAGAGAGGCUUGCUGUUGGUGUUCCGGUGCAGGAGGAUGGGACUCCAAGCUCCUGCCAGAUGUUUGCCGAGCCUCAGUAUCACCUGCUGCUCAACUCCUCCAACGUUACUGACCUUCCCACAGUGCCAUGCCAGAAUGGAUGGGUGUACGACAACACCAGCUUCAAGUCCACUCUGGCCACAGAGUGGGACCUGGUGUGUGAUAAGAGAAGAGUGAACAAAGCCACAGCCACAAUCUUUUUCAUGGGAGUCAUGCUUGGAGCAGCAGUAUUUGGAUAUCUUAGUGACAGGUUUGGCAGGAAAAGAGGACUUAUGAUCUCAUAUGUGAUGACCACAGUCUUUGGAUUUGCAAGUGCUUUCUCAAAAACUUUCACCAUUUUUGCUGUUACGAGGUUUUUAACCGGAUUCGGAAUUGCUGGAAUAAGUUUAAUCCCCAUUGUCCUUUGCAUCGAAUGGGUGGACAUCAAGCAUCGAACUCCAGUGGCUGUUGUAAUGAGCAUGGACUGGAGUGUAGGCACUGUUCUGCUACCUCUUGUGGCCUAUUUUGUGAAUGACUGGAGGCAACUGACUGCCACAGUAACCGCCCCGCUGUUUCUGGCGAUGAUCACUUGGCGGUUGCUCCCUGAGUCUGCCAGGUGGCUCAUAAGCAAUGGGAAAGUCAACAGUGCUCAUUAUUACCUGAGCGAGUGUGCAAAGGUCAAUCAUAGGGAGCAGUUCAUGGCCGACCUAAAGCCUGAGGUUCUGUCCAAAGUAAUAUUUGUAGAAAAUCAAGACAGAAAAUAUUCCUAUUUAGACCUUGUGAAGACUCCGAGAUUAAGGAGACUGACUCUACUCAUCGGCAUUGUGUGGUUUGCAGUAGCCUGUACUUAUUACGGAAUCAGCUUGAAUGUCACUGGAUUCGGCGUGAACAUUUAUCUCACACAGUUCAUCUACGGUGCAAUUGAACUCCCAACGAAAGCCUUUAUCAUUUUCUCCCUGGACAAAAUAGGUCGAAGGCUGAAUCAGGCCGGAACACUUGUUCUGACUGGACUGUGCAUAUUCUGCAGCAUGUUUAUCCCUCGAGAAAUGGGGGCGUAUCUGACAGCUGUAGGAGCUAUGGGCAAGAUGUUUGCAGAGGCAGCUUUUACGACUGUAUUUCUGUACACAACAGAACUGUUCCCCACAGUCAUCAGACAAAAUGGGUUGGGUUACAGCUCCUUCAUGGCGCGUUUAGGCGUGUCUGUAUCCCCGCUGAUCUUUCUUCUGGAGGAAGUGUGGCUCCCGCUACCGAGUACUGUUUUCUGCCUGGUGGCUUUUGCUGCCGGGUUGGUGGCUACUUUUCUCCCAGAGACAAGCAACGUCCGUCUAUCAGAGACUAUUGAGGAUGUGGAACAGACGAGAAGGCGCUCAAUCACCAUGUCAGAAGAGCAAUCUCCACUUUAAAUGUUUUCCUAAAAUUUAACCACAAGGCCAGCAUGAACCAGUUUUUUGGGGUAACCAAACAGUUGCCUAUUUUGAGUAAGAUUAGAAUUAAUUUGGAGUCAUCGUCCUAUCUCAUGUGUCAAAUGUUUGCUGUCUCUAUGUUUGGUCUGCUUCUUCUUCUACUUGGUGCUGGGCAAGAGUUUUUUUUUUUUGCAGAAAACCACCCUGAUGAGAGCAGUGUGACAAAAAAAAAACCAUUUAAGUUCAAACAGGCUGUACUAAAAACUAAAAACAAUGACUGACUGGAAGAGGCUGGUAAAUGCUCGGUGGAGCUGAGGGUAACUAGCAGUAGAGUCAAGAGAACUCGGUUGGCUCAUUGUAAUCAUGGUCUUGUGACAA